AUGAAACGAUCUCCAUCCUUUCUGCUCCUCUUGCUGUUGUCAUGCGGCAAGAAAUCCUGCUGCUACAGUAGCUCCCUCGCCUCAGUCCAGCAGCAGCAGCAGGAUCAGGAAUUUUCUGUGCAGAUGCUCCUUGCACAGCCGCUCUCCUGCUCUUCCCUGGGAUACAGGCAGGCUGAGGGAGGAAGGUUCCGCCUGAGAUUUCUCGCCCGCUGCCACUACAGGAGGCAGGAGGAAUCAAAGCUGGUGAUGGAGGCGUUUGUCAACGCUGCCUUCCUCUUCAGCGAGCAAGUUGAGCUCUGUCGGGGAGGGAGCGGAAGGUUCCAUCCCCACGAGAUGACGAGGGUCGUGAACUGGUCUUCGGUGUUUGCGGGGAGGGAGAGGCAUGUGCUGAUGGUCAAGGUAUGGCAUGGCCCCACCCUCCUCGCGCAAGACUUCGUCCAGUUCUCAGGCUACGACUGCCUCCUGUGGCAGACGAGCUUCCCUCCUGCUAGGUGGAGCUCAGCUGGAAGAGUUGUGCUCUUUGAGAACGCGACGGCCAAAGAGGUCUUCUCCGACGGGAGGAGGAUUGAGAUGUGGAUCAGCAGCGGGGGAGGAGGAGGAGGAGGGUUGACGCGUGUGAACGUCUCUGUAUGGGAGCUGAAGAGGAGGAGGUGCAUGUACAUAGCGCUGGCGGCUCCCUUCGUACUCGAUGCCACGUUCCUGCAGAGGGAGGAGGAGGACGAGGAGCAGGAGGAGCACAGGGAGGGGCAGGGGAUAUUGUCGCCAUUGAAAGCUUCCCUGGACCUGUGCGGCUUCGAGCCAGAACAUCUCAGCUACCCGCUCAGUGUCUUUGUCCUGUCGGUUUCCUGCUCUCCGAACUGCACGAGGAGGGCCCGCUCGCACCUGGACGAGCUGCGGAAGUCAGCCCUCGUGGAGGACAGCAACUUGCUCGCAGACUUCUCCUUGUGGAUCCGGACUCGCUGUCCUUGGAGGGAGAAGGCCUGCCGAGGAGACGAGCGAGGCAUCUGGGCGAUGAGAGGAAGGAGGGUGUCGGGGUACACGUGGAGGAGCACUACGACGCUUCCCUUGCUCGCCAUGUACAGGCUGGACGAGGAGGAGGAGAAGUGGGAGGAGGCAGGCAGAGUGGGCUGGUCGCAGCUCGUGUACGGGCAGAGCAUGGUCUGGCAGCUAUGGGGCAACAAGUUGAAGCAAGCUGUGCUUGGCGUGCAGCAUUUCCUCUCUCCUCUGGUGUCCGACACCAACGAAAUGUUCGAGUGGGAGCCUCUCACCUGCCGCCUACUCCCACUCCACGUCAUUGCUCGUAGGUUCUUAAACCUGACUCCUGAGAAAAAGCAGGAGGUAGGAGCACAGCACCAGCACCAGCACCAGCAGCAAGGCCAAAGGCUGGACGGGGAGGAGGAGGAGGAGGGAAGGAUCGUGAGGAUCGGUCUUGCGGGGACAUCGAGGGUUCGAGGGGUCUUCUACGCUUUGCAGGAGGCGAUCACGGGGCGGAAGGUGUGGAGAGAGAAGAAGUUGAACCCCUUCUCCUACCAGGACCCGCGCUCAGGGCUCUUCCUCGACUACUUCCCCCUCCAGGGCUCGGAGUUCCAUCAGUUCUUCCAUCAGAAAGGCAUCAGGAACGACAAGGAAGUGCUCGUGAUGUCCGUGGGGCUGUACGAGGUGCUGUGGGGUCAGUACCACCUCCUGGAAGAGUGUCUGUAUCAUUUCUUCUCCACCCUUCAUCCCCCCUGCCACAACUCCUCCACCCUCCUCGUCUUCAAGACGGAGGAAGCAGCGCCUGCCAAGAGGGAGGAUCAGCUCGAGCUGUGGCAAGCCAAGGUCCAACUCGUGAACAGCAUCGGGAGGCGGCUGGCCCGCAGCUUCGGGGUUGUCCUCCUCGACGCUCACCUCCUCUCCCUCUCCCGCUCCGACGCCACACAGGACGGGUCGCACUACUGGAGGUUCCACAUGCUCGACGCCGACGAGCUCAAGAAGUUCUCCAUGGUGGACUUGGGCAACGAGACAGUCGAUCCAGGAGGGGAGGAAGAGAAGGAUCUCAGCCUUCUCCGAGGAUCGCACAUUUACUUCUACGGGGUCGGGGAGACUCGCCAGCUUGCCGCUCUCCUCGUGUCCUGGCUGCAGCACAAUCGCUCGAUGCCUGUCCUUGCAGACGGUUUCGAUGCAGCUGCAUGCAAGGGAAGGGCAAACGUGUCAUGGAGGCCCCUCACUCCCUCAAGUCACUUCGACUUCCCCGUCGAACAGCAUGACAUCCACAUUCUCCACCCGUAUGACCCGGGCUCCCUCCAUGAGGCAGCCAUGGCUCAUCUCCUCCAGCGAUUCGCCUCCGGCCAGUCUGAUGUAAUCUGGCAUCGCCGACCUCCUGCCAGCGAUCGAAUGCUGGAAAGUGAUCACAUGGGAACCUACAAGAUGCUCUUCGCUCCUCCCGUCCUCCGACUUUCUCCCCAGCUUGCCUCCUCCUCGGUCUCCCUUGCACCUUCCACCUACAUCCUAGUGACAAGGUCCUCAGCGCUGGCGCUCCAACCAGAAUGCGAAUCGAACGGGUUCACUUGA